AUUAAAUACAUUUAUUGAGAAUUAUAAGUAUUAUAUUUUCAAAUGUCGAGCAUCUGUGCCAGCAAACCAAAUCAAACCACAGUAUGGUGUGACGAUUUUGAAGAAGACGACAUGAGGCAAGUGACAGUGAAAGGCUCCUUGGUACGUUACUCAGUGUUCGUCUGUAAACUCGGUUGCAAGAUCACGGAAGACGAUCUGUCAGCGGCGAUAUCAGAGUUUCUCGUCAACAAUAGCUGGAACUCUACGGAGAUUACGACUGUUAAGAUUUGCAGAACCAAGAGUGGCGUCAGUAAAGGGUACGGGUUUAUUGAACUUGAUGACGACGAGGCUUGUGCUGCACUUAUUGAUCAGAAGUCUCUGAAGAUAGGAAGUAGAGAUGUGACGCUCAGUGAGGCGGUCAGAAAACACCCUGAAGAAAUGGUGCUCAGGAAGGAACACGUUGAACUUGCUUCAAGAAACAAAAGAAGGACCAGUAAGUCCUCCGACGAGAAUUCAGAGAGAUGCCAGGUUUCAAGUUGUCAGUACGGAGAGGAGCACGGCUGCGUACCUAAAGGAGCCCCCCUGGUGAUGAGUCCAGUACCUAACUACCCCACCACUGCUCCAACCUCCCCAAUACUCCUCCCACAACAACACCUCUUCCAACCUUCCUCCCUCACCAUGAUCCAACAAUCUGGCGGCAUCAUGCCAACCAACAGGCUCGUCACUUCCUCCGCAAUGAUGCAACCAAGUGGUAUGAUGUCCACCAUGGUGACCCCAGCGGUCAUGUCCCCCGUAGCCAGUUUACAGAACAUGAUCUCCCCGGAACAGGGCGGCUCCUCUCUUAUCGGCAGCUCAUCGCCCCUUUUAUAUCAAGGGAUGUCGCCGCCGAUGAUGCAGAACUGUCCUUUACUUUACCCUUCCCCCAGAGCAGCUCCCCUCUACUCCCCGAUCUACUACCAACCCUUCCCCCAGUACCAGUGUAUCCCUAGCAACCUCCCUAGAUACGCCUACCAGGAUCCUACUUACUGUUACAACUACGUCACCUCUAUGUGAUCUCUAUCAGACUAACUCUGUGAUUAAUUAUAAUCAUUAUCAUUAAUAAACAUUUAUCAUAUUGCUAAUGUGAUUCAUUCGUAGUGAAUUGAGUAAACUCGUAAUUGAUAUCAUUAUGUGGAAGGCAUUAUGUACCUUAGACAGGACCCUAAUGGACUGCACAUAACUUAAUAUUAUAUUAUACUUAUUUUAUAGUUUGAGUUGUAUUUAUUGCUUUAUUGUACUGUUCAUUGAUGACUGCUGUGUAAGACCCCGUAAACUGUACCAACUGUUCAAAUACAAUAAACCAUGUCUUCGAAACUAAUAUUUAUAUUAAUUAAUCGAACUCUAUUGUAAUCUAUAUGAUACGAAUAUAUAUUUGUGAGUAUUAAGUUUGCAGGAUUCAUAAUUCGAUCUAAUUAUGAGCAGUUUAAGCAUAUGAUUGAUUAUUUAAAAGCUUCGGUAUUUUGAAAUUUUGGCCAAAUAUUCGAACAUGUACCAUUUCACAGUGUGAUUACAGUGGCAAUGUUGAUAUCCCGAAUGUACAAUUUUAACUUUGAAAAAAAUUCAUUUUUUCAUUGGGGCCUUUAAAUUAGGUUUAAAGAAAAUAUGACGGGGUGGCCAAAAAAUAAGGUACAAAGAAAGUGUAUGCUUUAUCCUCGGUUUAAAGUUUUUAAAGUCCUUAUUUGGUUACUCUGUCUGCUCUUCUUUGAGUUUGUGUUAAAAUUACUAGAAUAAAGAAAUCUAAUAAACAUGUGUGAAAUUACAACUACCAGUUAGUUACUCGUUUCGAUUUUUCGUAAAAUGGGCGAUUAUUAAUUGUAUCAUCAUCAUGUGUUAAUUUAAAUCACAAUCACUAUCAGCUUGAUUUAAAUAAAGAUGCUUUUUUUCGUGACUGAAGGUGUCGUUAGCGGGAGUACUUAUGAAGUUUUAAAAUUUUCAUGAUUUCCCGGGAGUGACCAUUUUGUUGAAAAGUUUAAAUUUAUCCAUUUUAAUUGCAAUUUAAAACAUUUAAGUGGAACUAGAAUUACAUCUUUUAAUUGCAACAACGCCUAGGUUUGGAGGAAUUUUUCAUGAUCCAUGCAAUGUAGACUUAAGAACUUUCUGCUCUUGGAUAUUUAGCUCACUAUAAAUGAUUUGGAGCGGGAAAAUGUAGUUAAAUAAGCAAAAGGUGGCAAGACAUAAUUAACUAAUUAAGUUGAUUGAAUAAUUUUAAUCUUCGUAUUUUUACAAUUCAACUUAUUUUUUCUGAGAGUGAGAUAAUUUCGACUGAUGAGGCUGCAUUAUUUAAAUAUGAUUUAAGCUAUAAGUUUGAUCUAUAAUUUUUCUACAUGGUCUAUGUAUAUUUUAUUCUUAUUAUACCUACAUAUAUUUCUAUCGUAUUUGAUUAUAUUUGAUUGUUGUAUUAAAUUAA